CGCCCCGGCCACGCGUCAGCCGUCACGUGGUCGCGCGCCCGGCAGCGGUGGCGGGGGGCGCGAUGGCGGCCGCGAGACGCUGCGGGAGGCCGCUGCAGCUAACGCUGGCGCUGCUGAAGCCGGACGCCGUGGCCCACCCGCUGGUGCUGGAGGCCGUGCACGAGAUCAUCCUCAGCAACCGGUUCCUCGUCGUGCGCGCCAAGGAGCUGCGCUGCGGGCGGGAGGAGAGCCGCCGCUUCUACCGGGAGCACGCGGGGCGGUUCUUCUACCAGCGGCUGGUGGAGUUCAUGGCCAGUGGCCCUAUGUGGGCUUAUAUCUUGGCCCAUGAGAAUGCUAUCACCCUCUGGAGAACCCUGAUGGGACCCACCAAAGUAUUCCGAGCCCGAAACAGUGUCCCAGACUCCAUCCGAGGAGCUUAUGGCCUCACUGACACCAGGAAUACCACUCAUGGCUCAGAUUCACCAGCAUCAGCCAGCAGAGAAAUUGCCUUCUUCUUCCCAGAGUUCAAUGAAGAGCUCUGGUACCAGCAGGAGGAGCCACAUCUGCGCUGUGGUCGGGUGUAUUACAAUGCAGAGGAGCGUGUUCACUGUGUAUUCAAGGAUGAAGAAACAGAGUUGACCUGAGUUACCUGGGGGUAUAGAUCAAAAGGAUCUGCUGACUUUCUGCAUUUUUGCUGCUUUUAUUUACUAGCAGUAUCCAAAGGUGGAUGUGUUCAUGACUGAGUAUGAAUUUAUACAAGCCUGAAAUCUUGCUGUCCUGAAUGCUACUGACAAUUGAUAUUUUAUUGGUUCCCCAAAUUUAAGUUGUGUGUGUUUUUUCUUGCAACUAUUAAUCAUUUUUUUCAUCUUUCUUUUUACAAUGUGUUUUCUUUAUUGGAUAUUAAUUUGGGAUGUCAUUAAAUGAUAAUUCCUA